UGCUCUUGAUCCUCCCAUUUCGUAAACCCAUUGCUCCCCACCCCCACACUUCUCUCACACUUCUCUCAAGUCACUCCAGCGAUGCAGCUUCCUAUGACUAACUUGAAGUGCCUCUAAAACACAAUGUUUUGAUGUAAGUUUUCCCUGUCGUCACAAGGUGGUAGUGUUGCAUAACAUUCGUCGUCGUCCAGUUGACAGAAUUUUCAAGAUGGAAUCCAAUCGGACCUCGCAAACACAAAAGACAGGGGAAAUCAAGGAAAUAUAUCCCAUUGACCUCCCAGAUCUAGAUUACAGGGCACUGAGUUCAACCUCUGAAAACAUAUUGACCUCCCUGGCGUCAAACACCUAUGAAGGAGAGCGUUGGUUUCUACCCUCAAAUGGCUCAAAGGGUCUUACAAAAACAUCCAAUGUUGGUGACAGAUCUGUCACCUGCCAAACUGAACCCCUUCAUCAGGUGGAGGUGACACAUGACAACGUGGGCAGACUCCAGCUGUUCGGUGAUGACGAUCCACCUUGCACUCUGCUGACUCUGCACGUGCCUGCAGAUGGAACUCAAGUGGUGGCCCUGAACCUGCAUGGAAAGUGGUGGUCUUUAAAUGAUGUUUUGAAGACAUCCACCAAAUCCAGAUCUGGUCUUGUAAUGGUGCAGUCUGUUAUGGAGAGAGUGAUACUUUUCCUGCUUAGUCAAAUCAUUUUUGGAGUUUUGGAGAGGCCUUCAGGGGAAGAGAUUUACUUCUCACCUCACCCAAUGAGGGAAUUUGGCAAAAUUCUAUGGCAUAAUGGGGAGGCAGUUGGAUUCUACACCAUCAAAAAGAAAGGAAGUCUGUGUGAUGGAUUCACUCGUCGAAGCUAUCAGCUUUCUGUCCUUGACACUGUGUUUGUGAGGACUCAGUGGAGGAGGAGUGGUCUGGCACUGCAGAUCCUGGCAGACUUCUGUAAAUCCCUCCCCAACGAGGAAGUGAUCGGAAUCAGCUGUCCCAUAUCCCCAAGCAUGAUUAAAGUUUGCAGCAAGUAUCUGCAGAUGCACCAGGACCAAAGGGACCGGCUCUAUGAGGUGGAAGCUCCUGGGGGCUGGGGCCAGAGACGGAACAUAUGGCUCAACAUACAGCUCAACCGAAGCACAAACAGUGAGGCCCUCCCUAGGCCCUCCCUAGGUUCAGGGUGUACCAAUGCAAAGGCUCAAGUGAGGAGCAAUGUCCAACAACAUUGAACAAGGAGAAACUAUAAAUAAUCAUAUCAUCAGGUGAGAUGUCUCUUGAUUAUUGGUUUUCUGAUGGUUUGGCUGUGAUGCCAAGCAGAAGUAAAAUAGAGAAGCUACCGGCAGACAAGGCUGAGGGGAGUGCUAAUUCCAAACAGGCUGGGACAUGAAAUUAAACCUCAGACCACAGAUGGAUCAUGGUCCUCAGAAGACUUCAAGUUGUUUUUUUCAUGUUUUUUUUUAUGUCAUUUGUAGCAGGACAUAGAAGGGCAUUUGUGUCAGUUGUUAUUUUGAGCAACUAUAAGGUGCUGACUAAGGCUAGAAAUAAUGGAUGUUCAAAAUGUUUAAAAUUUUGGGACCUAAACUGCAAAUAAUUACAUAUCAGUUUCAUAUUCUGCUUAAUAAAGUGAUAACAUCAUCACUGUGGUUA